GUGCACCUUGGUCCUCAGUCGACUGGCUUCUGGUCCCGAAGACGUUUGCUGUAACAGUACAGUGCGUACUGUACCAAGAAUAAUAGUUGCGCUUUUUCACCCGGCGUUGUUCUACUCUCGAGUUUUCGUUGUUUUUUUUUUUCGUUGCACUUUUUGCCCGGCCAUACCUUACAUACCCAAUCGCCGGGCCAAGUGCCAAUCGGCACAGUUUGUGUUACACCGUUAUUUCCACACGGCUCUCUUGACUUGUACCUCAAUUCGGAAUCAUCUGCGGAAUUGCCAAAAUACCCGGUACGUUAUUGCGGAGUGACGAAUUAUGAGCUGUGUUCAUUUCCGCUUAGAGGAAACGCGUCGAAGAAGUCUUUCAGUGUCCCAUUAGGCUCUGAAGAACAAUCCGGAUUAUAACUCAUAUGCUGACGACGGAUCACUCAAAGUAAAUGAUUAUCACAUGCAGAAAUACACGCGGACCGGUGAAACCGGCAGCGUUUAGCCUAGUACAGCUGAUAUUCCUGGCCACCUUCGCACUCGGCGACAAUAGCGUACACGUUCUAUCGUCGUUCAACCAGCUUGUCACUUCUAGCAUCCUCAGAUGGUUGCCUCAGAACCAGGCCGAAACCGAAGGGAACAACGACCUCGUUAUCGGGGGCAUCAAAUUUGUCUCUGGAUUGGAAGUUGAUCCCAGCACAGGCUCGAGUCAAACCGAAUCGAGACCGAUAUUUGUCUGUCGGGCAAUUCACAACGCUAUUUGGGUGGCCGGAGGCCAGGUUGAAGGUGAGAAACGGUGCGUCGUCACGCUUCUCGGCAACGUACAUUCAUACCAGCGGUACGAACUUCUUCAAAACGUUGAGAAAGCAGCGCGCCUCGAUUGGCGCUACUGGGAUAAAUUCAAACAGGUACCCGAGAUAGGUUCCGUCGCAACCGCGGAUGCCUCAGCUGAAGUAACCUACGUAGCGCGGCACGAGGGACCAAAGCAAGAAACCGACCUUACAGAACAGAUCGUCGGCUAUACCCACUACAUAGGGACGUACGACCCGAGCGACAAUCUCGGCAGCAUCACUUACGUAAAAGAGAACGGUGUCCAAGACUCGGCAGACUCCGGCGAGGUCCUCGUCGAAUGGGAGCCAGUAUCUUACGAACUGAAAUCGGUCAAGUUCAAAAAGUUCAAAGACCGAAUUAUAAAACGGCAGUCUCGGGUACUCGGCGAGGCAACUCUCAGUAACGUUGGCUCGUAUGCGGUGACCGUCGCAAACGCUUUCGCCUACUCUUACAACUAUUCCGCAUACUGGGGACAAGGACAAGCGAUGCUCAAAGGACUGAAUACCACGAUCACCCUUGCUAAUAAUACGAAAUUACCAGACGUACAAUGGGGCAGCCAGGUGAACGAACAUCGCGAAAGCGUUCACACAGUGAAGAUGUACCUCGAGCCGGGUACCGCGGUGAACGUGACACUCAGGGCGAACUACACAGACAAGGAACUUUCCUACACGGCGCAGUUGAUCUCGCAUUAUAAGGACAAAGUCAAGACACCACGCACGAUAAACGGUUUUUAUCGCGAAGAAAGCAUGAUCGAUGUCAAUCCUGAUUUUGGACCUAUUUACUAUCUGAGUAACUAUACCCUGGUCCCGACGACGACUACGACAACGACAACGACGACGACAACGGAACGACCGCGUUCGCGAUCCGAUACCGAGGGGCGACGAAAUCACGGUGAAAAAGAUACCGAUGACCCCAAUUUUAAUCUGGUUAUUCCACCAGGCGGAAAAGGCACAACGGAGAUGCAGGCUGACGACCGCAGCCCCCAAUCCCUAAAAAAUAAGCUCGGUCCAGCGGAGGGAAGCAGCGCUCCUCGCAUUGUUUAUCCCGAGCUGUUAAUCCUCGCCGGAGGAAUCCUGUUCGCCCUCAGCGACUGGUCCCAUACAUGGGCGACAUGAUUAUUGCGACGACCUUUAUUGUCAGUAUAAAAUACCAUUUAAAUUCUCGUUAACGCAAUAUGUAGUAUAUAUAUCACUCGUUAAUACGUGGGAACGAAUUAAUUUUAUAUCGCUCCAAGUGUACCGAAUAUACAUACGAUGACGGAAAUUUCGUGGAAAAUGGGAGUAAGAAAAAGAAAAAAAAUAUGAAAAUCUUAAAAAUAAAUUAUUCUAUUUGGCUAUGUUACAAGAUGGUUCCUUCUGAUGACGGGAUCUCGGUGCUGACAUACGCUUGCCUUCAAAAAAAAAAAGAGAGAAAAAACACAAAGAAAAGAAAA